AUGCUUCCAGAAACAAAGAUAGAGAUGGUAGCAAUGAGCAUCGGGUCAGAAGCGGACAAUCCGGCCAAUUCAACUUACAAAAUGUGCAGGUUACUGACUGAGAAUGAUAUCGUGGCUAUUGUGGGACCUUUCUCUACCCCCCAUGUUCGGGAGUGCUCUUAUAUUGCAGGACAGAUGGGUCUACCAUUUAUCGGUCCAACAGUAUCAGACCCGUAUCUCCUAAACCAACACUGGUCCCCAACUCUAGCUAGACUCAGCCCUUCUAACAAAAAACAGGCAGAAGCUUUGGUGGACUUGGUGGAGCAUUUCAAGUGGAAGAGAGUGUCUUUAAUGUACAACAACGACCCUUAUGGGUUGACACUGAGGGAGGCGAUAAAAGAGGAACUCCUCAAACGAGAGCUAACAGUGAUAACAGAGGUCGAGAUAGAGCACAACUUGGUCAGGAGACUCAUCCAUCCUUCCAUGUCCAAAGGUUGGAUAGAACAGUUGAUAAACUCCUCAAGCCGAAUAACUCUGCUCCUGGUUCAGCCUGACUUUGCUGAUAUUAUUUUGGAGGCUGCCUCGGAGCACAACAUGAUUGACAGUGUGUACGCCUGGAUUGCCUCUACUGCUGUUACUCAAUCUUUUCUGAACGCGUACACUGAAGAGGGUCGCAUAAAGUCGCACUACGAUGGUGUUCUGGGUCUGUCUCCUUAUCUAAACACUGAAGGAGAUAUCUACCGCACUCUAGAGAGGGUUUACAGUGACAAUGAUCUGCGGUUAACGCCGACUGACGCACUGGUGUAUGAUUCAGUGUAUCUGAUAGCACACGGACUAGAUGAACUAUACAGAACCAACCCCAGGAUUGAGAUGAACAAUUUUAAGGGGGAGUGCUACGAGGCUGCUGCUUAUGAUUGGAUCCUAGGGACUGAGAUUUACACCAAGUUCACUGCGAGGGACUCCUACAGGUACAACAUCGUCAACUUCAACAGACAUCUCUUAAAGAGUGACUCGGUGACAACGAUUGGGAGCUGGGACCCGUACAGAAGUCCCACUAUCUCCCUUACAAAACAGCCUGUAUGGACCCAUGGGAUGGAGGAUGCUCCUACGGAUAACCCUAUGAUAACUGAUGUUACUCUCCGGUUGGGGGUAUUGGAGGACAAACCCUUCAUUAUCUACAAUUAUACUAACUACGGGUAUCCUAAUUGCUCCUCAAUGCCCAACAGAGACUGGUGCUACACAGGGGUGAGUAUUGACAUCAUCAGACACCUUCAGAACAAACUAAACUUCAAGUACGAGUUUAUAGAGUCACCAGAUGGGAAGUUUGGGAGUGAGGUUAAUGGAGUCUGGAACGGUCUUAUCAAUGAGAUCGGUGGAAAGAGGCUAGAUGUAGGAGUGGUCGGGUUUGGAACGUCUCACAGCAGAGAGAAAGUUGUGAACUUUGGGAUAUCUUUUUACCCAGGGGGUGUUAGAAUGGCGACCAGUAAAGAUAUCUCUACCACGGACUACUUCUUCUUCUUACGACCCUUCUCUAGAAAUGUGUGGAUCUCAAUACUGGGUGGGAUCGUGUUCUUCUUCGCUAUCCUCUACCUCCUGGACAGGUUCAGCCCGUAUGGUAAUGAUGGAGGAAUCAGGUUUAAAAGUAAAUUGUGCAUGUGUGAGAACUGUGCAAGGCUACUAAAGAGAGGGGGGUUCAGAGACAAUCUGUGUCCGUUUAAGGAGGACCACGAUCUAAAACAUGAAAUGGCGAUUAUGAGUGCCCCGAACGCUCUCUGGCUCUCUAUCUGUUCGUUCCUAACUGUUGCCCCUGCCGACGGUAUCCCCAAAAACUGGUCAGGUCGGAUCAUGAUAACCAUAUGGUGGAUGAUAUGUCUGGUCAUGGUCAGCAUGUACACUGCCAACCUGGCUGCUUUUCUGACAGUUUCCAGUAAAGGUGUUGAUAUACGCUCAGUGGAUGAUCUCCUGGGCCAACAAGAGUACGCUUUUGGCACAGUGGAAGGAUCGAUCACAGAGAAUCUGUUCAUCAAUAGUGAUAACGCCAAAUUACGGAAACUGUACGACCGUAGUGCAUCAACUGAGUCCUAUAAAGAAGGAGUUACACGGAUGAAGCUGGGAAAGUAUAUUUUUCUUUACGGUAACGGUCCUCUCGACCUAACCACCUCAAUUAACUGCAAUUUGGAAAUAAUUGGCGAUGUCCUCGUAGAUUUCGGGUACGCAUUUGCGUUUCAGAUCGACUCUCCCUACAUUGAACUUUUCAACAGAGAAAUGCUGAUCCUGCAGGAGAGGGGCAUGAUAAAGGACUUGUGGCAAAAAUUUGUUAAAGGUCAUUGCGACGAAGAUGAUGAUUUUGAUGCUGAAGCAGACAGUCUUGAAGUAGUCAACUUGCUGGGACUACUCAUUAUUUGUGUUCCCCUCCUAGUCCUCGCUGCUUUAGUCUUUUUGCUGGAGAUUCUCGCAUCUCCUAAAAAGAAAAAUGGAAAAAGAUUGGACAUGGGAGAUGCGAUACAAGCAGUAUUUGAGGACGAUCAGAUGAUACAAGCUAACAAAACAUCUCAGCCUCUCGUGAUAUGUAGAGAGGACACUGAUCUCACAUACGAAGUACCCAGACCGGGCAGCUCCCUAGAGUACGUGAGUCCUGAUUUUGAUCAGUCAGUGUAUGAUAGGGAGGCCCUGUGGACACAGUCCCACAACAAAUCUACUCUUACUGAGACUGCUGAUAAUAUUCUGGCACAUGUAGCUAUCAUAACAGAUGCUAGUUACACAGGCUGGGGUGCAACUAACUUAAACACUAAGAAAAGUGUAAGGGGUUACUGGAGGGAGGAAGAAAAAGCUCUACCUCAACACAUCUUGGAACUGAAAGCUGUGUAUUUGUCCCUCAAGAUAUACUCUAAGUUCCAGCAAAACGUGCACAUGCAAGUCAACCUUGAUGAUCAGAGCGCAGUAGACGUUAUCAACGGUACAGACAACAAGAAAAGUUCGCAACCAGUUUCCUUCCUAAAACGUAAGAUCUGGGAGCAGGUCCUGCAGUUCAACAUAACGUUAACAGCCCGGUACAUGGAUGGUGGGAAGAGCAUCACAGCUAACACCAUGAGUAGAUUACCCGUCGACUCCACCGAUUGGACCAUCACUAAUGAGCUGUACGAUACAAUCUGCAGCCACUUUGAUGUUCAACCUGAGAUUGACCUCUUUGCUUCGUGGAUCACUUCUAAAUGUCCGCUUUUUGUCAGCAAGAUGGACGACCCGAAGAGCUUUGCUGUGAACGCUUUUAAGCAGAAGUGGGACUCCUGGGACUGUGUGUACUGCUUCCCUCCAAUCAGCGAGUCUGUUCUCAGCAAGGUGUCAGCUCAGGUUGCCAGGUCCUACUGCAAGGUCUUGCUCAUAAUCCCCUGGUGGACAAGAAGCAACUGGUUUGUGGAACUACAGAAACACAAGAUAGCAGAGGCGUACCCUUUGGGGAGGAAGGUAGAGCUGUAUCAUCCCCACGACCGACUAAUGGCGCAUCCUCAGGGGCCCCGGUUGAAACUAGCAGCUAUUCUGUGCAGACCUGGUGGGAGGAGGACACAGGGAGGGUUCGUACCGGAGGGGCAGAGUGACACUAGUUUAGUUACAGGGCCGGAAACCCUGCCUGGGAGGGGUCCUGAUACCAUGAAUGUCGCUAUCAAUGAUAUCAGUGGCAAUGAAUUCCUGAAUAGACGUUAACGUGUU